UUUUAGUGCUGAUGUCAUUUUUGGGGCUAAAUGAGCGAGUCAAGUCUUGAUCGAAAUGAUUCAACUUUAUCGAGUAUUGUAGGGUUAGUAUUAGCAAGUGGUCAUAGGAUUGUGAAUCAGUCACGUGAAGACACCCCUCUGACAACCGAGGAGAAAACAAAUGUUCUUAAUCAUCAGUUAAUUGAAAAGCCUCAUAUAUUCCUUGAAAAGUAUCACAGAUAUCUAAACGAAGGAUGUUGCGAAUAUUUUGAAAAUUGUUUGAAAACAAGCGUUAGUUUGGGAGACAAUGAAAAGUCAGUUAUAAAUUUCUUUUUAGCAAAUAUUCAAAAAUCGUCCCGAAUUUCGAACAAAACGCGAAGCAACAGACGUUAUCAUGCAAUGAUUAAGCUUAUGGACGAAAGUACUUUCUUCACGGAGGCACAAAUGAGACACCGGGACCCAGAAGCAUACAACACUAUGAUUGGUCAGUUUUUAUCCAAUCAAGAGUUAGACUCAAUAAUUAGUGAGCCAAUUGCUAGCUUGUCAGAGGAACCCAAAUCUAAAUAUGACCAGCUAUUAGAAACUUUGGAUGAGCAAUUGGGGGAGAGUUCAAAUGGCAGAACUAAGGAGGAAACCGAAAAACAAGGAUAUUCUGAUGAAGAAUUUGAUUCGGAUUCUUCGGAUGACGAAAUGGACGACGGAAAAGACGAGUUCAAUGGCGAUUUGUCAGAAUCCGCGAAAGAGUUGAGACGCCGUGAGUUUCUUUUGUUCAUGCAGCAAAAGUUUCUUCAUGGAAAAGAGAAGAGUGUGGAUUAUCAAGAGAUAGACAGCAACGUCGGAAAUGAUUUAUGUGAAGAGAAGUCGAGAGAUGACGAAGAGGCCUGGUUUGCUGGCGAUGACUAAUUGUUUGAAGCCUUUGAGAAGCGCUAUUGCUAUGGAUGCAAUGUUUUUAUUUUUUCUAUCGAGCUCAACGUUGAUAAGCCAUUCAGAGCAUCCAUCGAGCUCAAUGUUUCAGAGGCAUUUAGGCAAGAACUUCUAUAAUUUUCAAUCAUUGUAAUGCCUGGAUUAUUCUAGAAGUGUUGGAGUAUUCUUUUUGGAAAAAGUCCGAAACUCUUUAAACAAGAUAAACUCGAUUCAACUUUAAGGCUAGACAUAACCGGUCCUGUUUUUUUUCCAAAGUUUUGCAAUUACAGAUGCAUUUCAUUUUGAAAUGAAUUAACUAAAAACAGCAACCUCUAUGCUUGAAAAACUAACUAACAAACCGAUUCAAGUUAUAAAAUAACUUGAAAUAUUUCGAAGUUUUAUAGCUGCAAUAGCUUGCUCGAUAAAUUUAAUUUUUUUUGCAAACCGAUUCAGUCUAACAAUUAAUUUCAAAAUUUCAUAACUUGGAGAGCUUGCUUGGGAAAUCUUGAAAUUUUCGCAAACCGAUUCGGUCAUUGAAUUAACUUUUCAAAGUUAAUAGCUGAAGUGCAGUGAUGAUUUAAAUUAUCCAAACAACGCAUAUGAAACUUGAAAUCUACAACGCAAUUUGAAUAGGUUUUAGACAGUAAAUGAUGAAGACAAAACUU